CCCAUAAUGAAAGAAGAUAACACUUAAACAGCACAAACUUUGUUAAUUCACACACCAGCAAUCAUUUAUUACACGUGUGCGGUAAUUAUUAAUACAAAAAUAUAUAAUUUAUGGCACAAAACAAUUAAAAAAUGACACCAACGUCAAUGUUUAGGAUGGGCGAGCCUUCACUCCAAAAGUCACCGCAACGCCACGGUGGCGCCACCAAACACGCACCAUGAAAAUUAUAUUAAUUCAAAUAACAUCAAAAAACAACUAAUUUUGGUGUGGAAGUAUAAAAAUAAUUAAUAUUUAAGUUUAUAUUAAUAGAAAAUUACAUGUGGGCCAUCAACUUUCCAUUUUACGCAAUUUUAAAAAAGUGUUGGUAUUACUGAAGUAUUCUUUUUGUGUGACUGCUGUUUUAUUAAGUUGGUAAGCAAAACACAUGUGUUCAAGGCCAUUGUUGUCAAAAGUUUCUAUUUUCAAAAUAUUAUUGGACUUUUGCAGAAUCGAUAAACAAACGUAGUUUUCGAAAAUGCAACGCAUUUGUUGAAGUUACCGUGCAAUAUAAUUAAUAUUUUCCAAAACGGCAGCUGAUAAAUGUUGGUGAAAAUAUUGUGUCGGUUUUUAAGUGGGUUGAGUUUUCGGACAAAUUCACUUUUGAUUGUUUCUGGGUGAAAAUCUUAUGUCUAACAAAGUGAGAACUUUAAACUACCUCAAUCAUGUUGACAGGUCUAGUGGCCUGGGUACUGAAUAAUUAUUUAGGAAAAUAUGUAGAUAGUCUUAAUACUGACCAACUCAGCAUUGCCCUAUUAUCUGGGAAAGUUGAGUUAGAAAACUUACCACUUCGUAAGGAUGCCCUAUACAAUUUGGGUUUACCAAUUGAAAUUAAAAACGGUUUUAUUGGUAAAAUUCAACUUCAAAUACCUGUAAGGCAAAUAAGAUCGGCUCCAUGGGUUAUUGUCAUAGAAAAACUGUACUUAGUGGCCAAUCCUUUACCAGUAAAUGAGUGGGAUUCUGAGAAGGAAGAAAGAGCAAGACAAAAAUUAAAAUUGUCAGCUCUAGAUAGCGUAGAAUCACGAUGGAGACUGGAGACUGAGUCUAAGGAUAAUGCAUAUUAUGCCUCUAGUUACUCUUCGUGGCUCGGAGCUGUCACAGGAAUAGUUUCUGAUAUUGUAGAAAAUUUACAGCUUCAAAUCAAAGAUGUCCACAUUAGGUAUGAAGACAGCUGUAGCAUACCAGGCAAAUCUUUUGCGUUUGGGUUUACAAUCGAGUCGCUUUCUGCGCAAAGCUGCGACUCAAAUUGGUCCCCAACCUUUUCUCAUUGGACAAAAACAGGGGACUCAUUUAAAUUGUUGGAGUUGCAAAAUUUUGCCAUGUAUUGGAUUGACUUGAACAAAGAUGAAUUGUUUGCCACCAACAACAGAGAGGAGCUAGAGAAUGUAAUGUCCCCAAACCAAACCCUUAAAAACACCAGAAACUAUAUCAUACCAUCAGUAAGCGCGCAUGCGCGCAUGAAACGAAACAGAAGCGAAAAACCGUUAAAAUCCACCGACACUCCAAGAAUCGUAUGCGAUUUAAUACUAAAGGAAGUUCCUAUAACCCUUAUUGACUGGCAGUACAAUCAAAUAGUGGCCUGCAUGCGCGGUCUGGACGUGAUAGCCACUCUGCGCAGCUACAGGCGUUACCGACCGAGCUCGGGCGCGAUCGAGGAUCCGCGAGCGUGGUGGAUGUACGCGAUAAGUUGCUUCUACCCUGGCGGCAGGCAACCCGCCAUAUGCAAGCCAAGGCCGACUUGGGAGAGCGCGCUGAAACGCGCCAAAGAGAACGUGCAAUACGUGCAGAUCUACAAGAAGAUAUUGAUGACCCCAAAUGUGACGCUGAGUUUAGACGAGAAGGAGGUUAAGGAUGGUGUGGAGUGGGAUAGAGAUAUUGAGGAAUUGAAAGUUUUAAGACAGAUUGCUAUGAAGUCUUUAAAAGUUGACAGUAACGGUAAUACUGGUAGUAACCAGUCUUCCGGUAGAAGCAUGCUGGAAAGUUGGUUUCCACAGUGGAUGGGAUGGUAUUCCACGUCAACCACGAACGAAGCCGAAAACGUGGUUCCUACCGAAACAGCCCUCGAAGAAGAACUAUUCCAGGUCCUUUCAGAUUCCGCCGAAAAUAAUACCAUACUGAAAAGAGACGCGGUCUUUGGAAAAUUCAACUUUUCGCUGACCAAAGGGUGUCUUAAUUUGUGCACUUUCAUCGAAGAGACGAAGGAAAGUAAUUCCAUGUUGGAACUGGAGUUCAAGAACCUUUCUCUAACAAUACUGAGCAAACCGAGGACCCAAUCGCAUCUGGUGGAGCUGUCUCUAGGUUCGCUGAGUUUGAAAGAUAAAACCACUCCCAACACUUUGUUCCCGAUUUUGGUCGGUCCUCCGGGUUUCGAGCGAUCCACCGUUGGAGUUAACAGAUCCAGAGGCUUGCAGAGUCCCAGAUUUAACGUCGGCGAUGGUAAGCUCGAGGAGAUGAGCGAUUUGUUCUUUAUGUCUUACGAGAAAAGAGCUUUGAGCACAGGGAGUGAUUACAAACUUUCUAUACGAUCAAAAUGCUUGGACGUGGUUUAUCAACCGAACGCGGUACGGUGGUUGACGGAAUUCGUUUGUUGCCCGUAUCAGCGCGAUUUGGCUCAAUCCAGGAUAGAGCAAAUGAAGUCUAGAACAAAGAAGGAGCUCUUUAAAAAUUGGGAGCACAUGUUAGAUGGGAGAGAUUCUGCAAGAACCUCUUGGGAUUUGGAGUUUGAUAUAUCAGCUCCUCAGAUCAUUUUUGUUGAACAAUUUAGCAACGAAAAUUCCGCCAUGGCAGUGAUAGAUUUUGGUAGGUUACAGUUGCGGAAUAAUCCACUUAACUUGGAAGUUGUACCCAAAACACAGCUUUCAAAAGACAGUGAGGAAGACGAAACAUUUUUGACGCCAUGUUCGACUCCUCCACAAAGCGAAACCGACGAUGAAUUCGGUUUUGAAGACAAAACCGAGGCAGACGUUAACUUUGACUUGAACGAAGCAUCUCUGCACAAAAAAAUAUACGACAGCUAUUUCCUCGAGCUAACAGACUUGCAAAUAUUAAUCGGCAAAGUCAGAGACAACUGGCGCUACGCGCACAACAAAGGAACCUCGAAGUUGCACGUGCUCGACCGUUUCAACAUAUCGCUGCAAAUCGAGAAGAGAGUCAUACACACCGCCGACCCUCAGUAUCCGAGUUUGACGUUGAACGCGAACCUACCCAAGCUGGUGGCGCACGUGAACGAAAGCAAAAUAAACUGCGCGAGGAUGCUGUGGCAGAUCAUAUCGGCCACGGGGUUGCCGUCGCCCUUCAAGGCGCCCUCGCAGUCGCCCGAGCUAAGCGAGGAAGCGGCAACGCAGCCUCUAGACCUCGACGAGGAGGAUUCGGCCAGCGUGGACACUUUGAGCGUGGAAAUGUCGCGACUGCUCAUGGUGCAGUUCACCGUGGAUCAGCUGUCGCUGGAGGUGCAAAGCAGGGAGCGCAGCGUUGCCGAGUUGCAGGUGGCCGGCGUUAAAAUCGCCUUCACCAAGCGCAUGAUCGACGUGAACGUCACGCUGACGGUGCACAGCCUCCUAUUGGUCGACGCUCUGCAAACUUUCGGGCAGGAUUUCGAGCUACUGGUCGCCAGUCACAAACACGUCGGUAUGGACUCUAUGUCGGGUAGUUUGAGAGACAGCGAACCUACUUCGCCGACGUCUCCUGCGAGUCCCGAUCCCGGCCAGCAGAGGGCGGGAAUUACAACUUCACCGAUAGCGUUGAGUCAGGCUUUGAGUUCCUUAGCCACCUCUCCUCCAAUCAGGUGGGCCAUGCCUCAAACGACGGUGGAUGCUGAAGCUUUGAUUACCAUUGAUGUGGUUUUGGUGACAGGCCACGAACCAAUGCAAAUUGCCAAUGUGCAGUUCAACAAUCUAGAUAUUAUUGCAAAUCAGGAAACCAUAGUGGAGUUGGUCGGGUUCGUUCGUCGCGUGUUCCCCAAAUCAAAACGUACUGGCCCCACAAACCUAUCCUCAGCUGUACCGUUUAGUCGCAACGAAUCCAAAGAAUCCCUGUCCGAGGAGGAAUCCUUUAGAGCCUCAAAGUGGGGUUGCACCAAACUGACCUUCGAUUUCCAUCGCCUGAAUGUUCUCCUCUUAAGAGGGAUAAUCCGCGACGGUCAGCUGUACGGCAAAAAAAUUUGCACGGCCACGAUGAGCGAGGCCAAGAUACAGGCCAACGUCGCGGGUAAUUUGGAAGUGGAGGGCAGUCUGGGGGGUUUGCAGGUGCUGGAUUUGACCCCCGAGGGACACAUGCAUCAAAGGAUAGUCAGCGUGGGAAGGGACCCUCUUUUGGAAACCACGCACCCGAUAUAUUUGAUGGCGCAAACUCAAGUCGACGAAAGAACCGCGUUCAGUUUUAAAGUUGUGCGAAGUUUGGAGAAGUUGAAUGAUAAAGAUACGGCGGAUAUCACUAUAAGAAUGGCAUCUCUAUGGUACACCCAUUCGCCACAAUUUGUGGUGGAGUUGCAAUCUUGUGCAACCGAGUUUAAACAGUAUCUAUCGAAUUUGGCACGAUCGAUUCGUUCCGCUGCAACUGAUAUGGCUUUGGGAUUAGUUAAUGCGAGAGCCGAAGCAUUGCUCUCUCAAUCCUUAUACAUGAACGCCAAACUCUCUUCCUCCAUGUAUAGUAGCGCGUUAUCUUUCUACGACACUUCCUCGCCUCGCAGAAGAAGACGAAGCAGCUCUAUGGAGAAUUCCGGGUAUUGCUCAGCACGGGACACUGUCCCACAAACCCCAUACAGUCCCAACGAUGAAGACGACUUUAUUAUAGACAUAAAUUUGGAUGUGGAGUUCGACAGUCCAGUUUUGGUUCUUCCCAGAGCGUCCAAAAGUACGCAAGUUUUUGUUGCUCAUCUGGGUAAGAUACGCAUGAGCAAUAAGAAUUCAAGCAACACGAACGGUAACGGUUAUAACCUUGAUUAUAAUGAGUCGAGAUUGGAACAUUACGAUAUUGAGGUUAAAGAUAUGAAUUUGUUUUCUUUGGAUACGGGGCCACGAAGAGUACCAGGACCAAUGAUACCAAAACCUGAAGUACUGUACAACUGCUCAACUUUAGCCAAACCUAUAUUACACGACACUUUAAUACAACUUGUAAUCGAUAGGGAAAUAAGUAAACCACUUUUUACGCGGAAUAGUAGUGAAUCAAACUUAUUGCUGGACGAUGAAGAAAGCCUAUCUCUGGACAAUAAUUCCCAAUCAAUACAGAUAUACGGUAAUAUAGUUACCGCUCUUAAAGUAUCUUUAACCCGUUCGCAAUACGAACAAGUUUUGGACACUGUGCAAUGGCUGACGUCAUCGCCAGCCUUAUUAGAAGCUCAAGGCGUAAGCAGGGUAAAUUCGCGACCUCAACCGAUUUUAACCGACAUCAGCGAAGAGGAUAUCGGCGUUACAACGCUCAAUAUGGAUCCCCAUGUUAGAGCUAAAAUGUUUCCAACUGCCACGAAUGUUUCUAAGACCAAACCGAGUACACAGAACGCUUUAGCAUUAAAAGUUGGUUUUGAAGUACCUAUCCUGAUAAUAGAACUUAAAGGCGACUCCCCGACUGGCGAGCAAGGUUUAGUGGACUUAUCGCUGAGAGAGUUCGUUUUUAACUACGAGAAAUUCCACAAAUACGAAACCAACAUUCAGGUUUCCCUGCGCUCGAUAUUCAUGGAGGAUCUCUUGCAACCGGAAAACUCCAAGCAACGUUCGAUGGUGAUCUCCUCCAGCGGAGACGAGUACCCUUCCGGGGCGGGAUGCGUCUCGCGCUCCUGCCCGGACGUUUCCGGCUUCAGACCGGAAUUUUCCACCGUCAUACCGGGUUCGCUUCCCGAUCACCUGGAGACCGCCAAAGUGUUCGGCAUCAACGUGCCCAGUCAGCCUGUCUACUCUCCGAACCCGCAAGGGAGUGGUGGGGGGAGGUUUCCGUGUACCCCGCCCCCUUCUCCUUCCUUGAGCAGACAAAAACCCGUGAAGAACUUGGUUUUGAUUAGUUCUUUGCUCGUUGAUCCUGCUGCACCGAAUUUCGCCUCUUACUAUAAUUCGAUGCAAAGAUCAACCCAAAUAGACUUCAAUUGCCUGGACUUGAUAGUCAGCGUUGAAUCCUGGGUGGUCGUGAUAGACUUUUUCAGCGCCUCACCUUCAAACACCGUAACCUAUUCAACUUACAACGUAAACUUAUCGUCCGCAGAAGACAUGCGUAAAGGUUCCUCCAAGGAGAACGCCGAAACAAAUAUAUUCGUUAAAUCGCUCUCUGUCGCGAUAGUCAAACCCGAGUACGACAUAGCGAAAGCGAACAUUUCCAACGUCGAUAUCGACGUCAAGACUUGCGGGUUACGUAAACAAGUCAGCGGUAAAUUGGGGUCUUUGUCUUUGCUGGAUUUGACCCUACACGGGCAACUGUACAGGGAGAGAUUCAUGACCUCCGGAAAACAUGCUUUGGAGUUCCAUUAUGACAGACAUGCGCCUACAGCCGAUAAGGAUUAUGACGCCAAAUUAUCCAUCGAUAUGUCUUCGGUUAUGUAUGUGCACACCAAACGAUUUGUGGCCAAAAUUUUAACGUUCUUCAAUCAUUUCACUCAACUGCAAUCCGUGAUGAAGAGCAUUAGAGUCGCAACCAGCGGGCAAUUGGUAAAAGACGACCAUCAAAAAGUUCUUCUGUAUCUUCAAGCCAACUCCCCUAUCAUUCUUCUUCCCGAGAGUUCCAAAUCCACCGACCUGCUAAUAGCGGAUUUGGGUCAACUGGUGGUAAAAAACUCCUUUAAACAUUCCGGAGAUAAGGGCACCAUAAGCGUGGACACCAAAAAAUCCGACAAGAAAUGCCUUCUGGAGGUUAUGGUGGUCGAGUUGGAUAACAUGGAUUUAUACGCGGCCGUUAAAGACAACGAUUUGAAGAAGGAAAUAAAGGGAGAGUAUUUUAAGUUCGGCAGCAAUAGAAUCGUCAAGAAUGGCGCUUCGUUUUUGACGAAAAAAAUACAGUUCAAGUUGCAGAUUGAGACCAACAUGAACAACAACGUGUGUCACAAUGUUCCUGACAAAAGUGUUUAUGGAGAACUGUCCACACUAGAUGGUGCUCUAGAACUAUCUCAAUACAGACUAAUAAGAGGAUUAUUGGCUUAUAACCUUGGGGAGGAAAGGGUCCCUGUUAUAGUAACACAACCAUCCAUUGAUGCUGAGGCUAAUAUCAGAGAUGUUUGGACAACAUUCUCACUCAAGUUGGACCUACAAAACGUGACCUUAAGGCUGCUUAAAUCGCACGAAAGUCCGCCUAUAAGUUGCAUAAACUUCAUCAAGUCAAAACUGGUUUUGGAAACGUACAGUGACAACAGUCAGGACGUGGAUUUGAUGUCGCAGGAAAUUCUUAUUGUCGAUACCAGAUUCCAAGGUAUUGAAACCGCAUCUCCUGUGAACGUUUUCACGAACAUACUACAACCGAACAAAAACUCCAAGAAAAACGAGCUGCAAGUCGAGAUCCACAAUCGCAAAAGACGCAACAAAACUAAAUCGACGAUAUUGCUGAACAAUAUGCGACUCAUGGCGAUUUUCGAUUGGUGGCAGCAAGUUCGCGAGUACAUUUUCCAGGAUAUCCAGGAAAAUUCCCUACCGAUAACACCGCAGAAGCAUAAGCCACUUGAUGAAGUUGAUGGCAAAAGGGAGGAGGAAAUAUUUGAGUUGAACAUGAACAUAACGGAUUCGGAGAUUGUGAUUUUGGAGGAUAACAGUCAGUGGGACUCUAAUGCUGUUAUAUUUCAAACAACUACUGUUUUAACAUAUAAACCGGCGAAUACGGAAAAACCCUUAUCAUGCGCGCUGAAUAAUUGCGAAAUGUUCUCAUGCGUUUUGGGGAUGGAGGAAACAACAGCUCUAUCUAUUAUAGACCCUGUAACGUUGAACAUAGAUAUUAUUCAUGAGGAUAAACUUGAGAUACAAUUGCAAUUCCUUAAAGUGCGACUUUCUUACAACGACAUGUGUAUGUUCAUGCAAAUAAUAAAAUCGUUGCCGAAUCAGAUCACGACUUCAGAAAAAGAGCCAGAAAUAUCCAGAAAUUUGAGAGGUAAAAUUUCUACCUUGACAGCUUUAGGUUUUCGCUCUAGUGACUGCAUUGAAGCACUGGAAACAUGUAAUAACACUAUUGAUGAUGCUGCUCUUUGGCUAACUCGCAAUGCCGUUUCAAUGUUUGAUAAAAACGUUAAAAAACCAUUUAUUAAAGAUAUUGAGUUUCGCGCCACUUGUGUAACCUUGUGCAUCAUCGACGAUUGCAGAGAUUCUGAUGUACCUCUACUGGAAUUUUCCUUCUCAGACUUGUGUCUAUCUCAAGUAAUGCCCAAUAUGAACCCACUUAUGCCCAUAUACCCGCAGGGUUCUUUGGAUUGUACCCUUGUCGGGUCGUAUUACAACAGAGUGUUAUCCGGGUGGGAGCCAGUUAUAGAACCAUGGAAAUGUCGCGUGGCGUGGAAAAAGACUCUUUCCUUGGACCUAACUAGAAACCGUUUAUACAUCACCGUAGAAUCGGACGAAGCGGAUAUACUGAACAUCAACAUCACCUCAACUUUGAUAGAACUGUACAGCCAAGUCAAAGACAAUUGGACCAAAGAUUACUACCUCUUGAAGGACGUGAAGAAGUCGGAAAACCACCGCAAACGUCUCCCCUUCGUUCCCUACGCCUUGAUGAACGAAACAGGAUCGCAGCUGGCUUUCACGACUCUUAUAACGGAGUACAACAAAACCGCGUCGUACACCACCGAUAACAUUUGGACUGUGGUGGAACCCGGUCAGAUUGUACCCUUCACUUUCACGCAAAGAGACAAGAUCAGGCAUCAGGACUCGCACAAGUUGAAAAUGCACCAGCUGACCGUUAAAGUUGACGGUUGGCAGUCCGUAACGCCCGUCACUAUAGAUAAAGUUGGCACCUAUUUUAGGCAUGCCGAAGCCGAGAUUGUGUCGAGGAAUCAAAAAGAGCGCCCUGCGGCCAGAAUAGUCUUUGACGUCGCUUUAGAGGGCUCGGCCCGCAAACUGGUAACAAUACGCUCCGCCGUGGUUUUAGUCAACAAACUCCAGCAAUCCGUCGAGGUGAAGCUGGAAAGUCGCCUGCCGCACGACACCGUGGCCUUGUGGGCUCCGAGCAAGUCCUUCCGCAUCGACCCCGAAGGCACGCUAGCCGUGCCCAUAGUCCACGCGCACUCGGAAAUAAGCGUCAAACCCGUCAACGUGACGCACCAGUACAUAUACUGCUCGCCGACGAUCUCCUGGCUGGAAAUGGCGCAGAACGUCGACGCGAUGCACGAGAUUCGCACGUGUCACACGCACAAGGGGCACAACUACAGGUUCUGCGCGAAGAUCUGCAAGAUCAGGCAGCUGUUCGAAAGGGCCAACGCUGUCGAACAGCCGGCGCAUAAGAUCGUCUUGCUGCCCACUGUGAAGCUGAUCAACUUGCUGCCCAUCGAUUUUAGUUACAGUUUGUCAGGCGACGUGGGAAGGAUUGCGCCAGGAUCAAACGCUGCCAUAACAAAUGCAAUAGAGAAAUUAAAAAUAAAGAGAUGGAAAGGCCCUAUUUCUUUUUUUUUAAUUCAGGCAAAUACCGAUAAUGACAUCAAAAUGGAAAUAAUGAUAGAAAACUUCUCAUCCAGCGGAACUUUGGUAGUGCCAGCUCAAACGUACACAGACGUGAGCAGCCGAUUUUACCUGAAAGACAUACGCGGCAGAAAACUGUAUUUAUCCGUCUUAAUCACGCCCAACGUGGAAGCAAAAUUAAAGAUCACGAUUUCGGCCCCCUAUUGGAUAAUAAACAAAACAGGUUUGCCGCUGGUUUUCCGCCAAUCGGGCUCGUCGAGCGAAAGCGCGGGUCAGUUCGAGGACCACGAGAGGGCGCGCAUGGCGUCGCCGCUUUUGUUCAGUUUUUCCGAUAACGACGCCAGUCCCACCAUAAACGCCAGAGUGGGAAACCAAGUCAUCAAAUACGGAAUACCACAAUGGUGUUCGAAUUUCCACGUGCAAAAAGGUACGCAAGUAAAAAAAUUGUACGUUACCAUGCAAGACGGUCGGCCAGAUAAGGUUUUCGUUAUUGGGUUGGAAGUAAGGCUGGGUAAAGGGAAAUACAGGUCUACCAAUAUCAUAACUAUAUCACCGCGUUACCAACUCUACAACACAAGUUCCUACGAGUUAAUAUUUGCACAGAGCUGCUUUAUCAAAAACUUGUCCGAUCCAAUUUCACGUAAGUCUUUAUUGAAAGCAAUGCCCAACUCUCACAUGCCCUUCCAUUGGCCAAAGUUAGAGAAAGAACAGCUUUUGUGCGUUUCCAUACAAGAUAUACCGCAGUGUUGCUGGUCGGGUGGAUUAAAAAUAGACGAUAACAAGUCCUUGCACGUAAACGUUAGAGACAGCAACGGCAGAGUUUACUUCCUUCGCUUGGAAGUCGUGUUGCAGCGCGCCACGUUCUUCAUAAUAUUCUCGGACGCGGACACGAUGCCUCCGCCAAUCAGGAUCGACAAUUUCUCCGAGGUGUCGAUACAGUUUGGCCAAUCGACGUGCAAGGACAUUCUCGGCACCGCUCGCGCGCACUCGAGCGUGCCGUACGCUUGGGAUCAGCCCACCCAGCCCAACCUGAUCACUCUGAUCGCUCCGGGCGGGGUUUUGCACUCCUACGACAUGAACAGGCUGGGAGAGCAGCCCGGUUUGACCUACGAGAAUUUUAUUUAUGUCGCUUUUACGGAGACAUUCAAGAAAAACAAAGAUCUGCUGGACCUUCCGGACGUGGAAAGCCAAGAGUUCGUCUUGGACGUGAUAAAAAACAACCGGGUGGUUUUGUCUUGCAAGCAGCAGGGCGAGCGCUCGCAGCUGUGGAAAAUGAGCCCGGAGGGGCAUUUGAUGCACGAGGGGAGCAGUCCGCCCUCGCAUCCCCACCAGCCCCGAUCCAACAGCAACCUGUACGUGUUGGACAUCGAGAACACGGCGCCGCAACCCAGUAACUACUCCAGGUUGAUGCUGAGGCGUCUAGAUCCGAGGCGCGAGUCCACGCAAACCUGGAGGUUCACGGAAGAGGGCAGGUUGCAGUGCAAGCAUUACAAUGUUUGCGUGCAGGCGCAUGAUGGGUUCUUUGGAUUGAGAGAAGGGAACUCGGCCGUGUUGGGUCUCCCGCAGCCCAUCUGCCAUAAACUGACGGACAAAGGCAUCCCGAUCGAGCAGGCGAUCGACAAGCAGUUCCUCCGGCCGGGUUCGGGCGAGCUCGAGGUGCGCAUCGUGAUGGACGGACCGACGCGAGUGCUGACGAUUAAAGACCGACGGGAGACGGAGGCGUUCGCCGCGACGGACGAGCGCGAGUGGGGCUGCAUAUCGAAGAAGCAGCGGCCCGAUCUGCAGGGCGACGACGGGGGGGACGGCGGACGCGAGGGGGAGCUGCAGUUCGUCGUGAACCUGCAGAGCGGCCUGGGGAUAAGUCUGAUCUGCAGGCGGGGCCCCGAAGAGUUGCUGUACGCUUUGUUCUCGAACAUCGUGGGCGAGGCCGUUGUAACUCCCUCGCUUAACAAGUUCUGCGUCAGCGUCGGGGACAUAAGGGUCGAUAAUCAGCUGUUUGAGGGUUCUGUACCUGUGGUGUUGUAUGUAACGCCACCUGGUAGGGUGGUAGAUGAGAGCAAACAAAUGUUGCCCGCUUUAGAUUUUAGCGCCGAAGUGGAGCAGCAGCAAAAUAAGAAUGCUACCAUAUGUAAAUACCUAAUCUUGAAGCUGAAGAAAAUCUCCAUUAUAAUCGAGGAACGGCUCCUCCUAAAGCUCGCGAAUUUCAUCGGAAUCCACUCGCAGGAGGAAGAAUCGCUGAACCGCGACGAAAACGACUACGAAACGCAACGUCUGAUAUCGGAAGUGUGCGCGACGCACGUGAAACGCUACUACUUCGGCGUCAUCCUGCUGAUGCCCGAGCAGAUACGGUUGAGCGUGAAAACGGCCAGCAAGCUACCGCCGCAUCUGCAAAGGAUCAAGAGGAAGUUGGGACUGAGGUUGAUCAAGUUCGAAGAUGCGGCCGUCGACUUGGAGGCCUUCGACAGAAAGCACCCAUUCGAGACCAGCCAGUUCUUGAUCAACUCCAUAGUCAAGCACUUUAAAGAGGAGCUAAUGUGGCAGGCUGGGAUGAUCCUGGGCUCCAUAGACUUCAUAGGUAACCCUCUAGGGCUAAUGAACGACGUAUCAGAGGGCGUAUCGGGUUUAAUAUUCGAAGGGAAUGUCGGAGCUUUAGUGAAGAACGUUACGCAUGGUUUGUCGAACUCUGCGGCGAAGGUGACCGAAUCGCUUUCGGACGGUCUCGGCAGCGUUGCCAUGGACGACUCUCACGAGGAGAUACGGCAGAAAAUAAGACAAGUUGAAAGCGGGAAUAGCAAAGAUCACAUUCUGGCUGGGAUUAAGGGGUUGGGUUUCGGAAUUCUAGGGGGCGCCACGGGUAUUUUUAAGCAAGUUUACGAAGGCGCUUCGAACGAUGGGCUGCCUGGUGUCUUUUCUGGGUUAGGUAAAGGUUUAGUCGGGGCUGUUACCAAGCCGGUUGUGGGUGUUUUGGAUUUUGCCUCCGAGACGGCCAGGGCAGUCAGGGAAACCAGCAGAAGCAAAUCGAUGCCGGAAAGGUUUAGAUUGCCCAGAUGUGUCCAUGGGCCUGGAGGUUUAUUGCCAAAAUACAGUGGGACUCAAAGUUUAGGUCAACAAUAUUUGUAUGCAGUAAAUGAUAAAAACUAUGAAGAACAACUGGUUGCUUACCAAAUCUUAGGCACUGCUUCAGAAGACCUGCAGUGCAUUGUUUCGAACAAAAAAGUCAGAAUUGUCGCCAACACCCAGUCUAUCGACUUGACUCUCGUUAUAGACUGCCACUUAAACGAUUUGGAGGUUUGCAACGUGAUCGCGGACAAGGAGGGAAGCGAAAAUCGCUACUACAUCGAAAUAGUGAUGCAUGUGGCCGGCACUAGUGCGGCGCUCGUGAAUCCAGAUCCGAUCAAAAAGCCGCGGGUGCGGUGCAAAAAUGCGGACUUGGCGCACUCUGUCGCCUCCCAAAUCAACUACGCCAAACGGUUGUACAUCGAGUACCAGUACACGCUGACUAACGACAAUAUUGAAGACUGAAUCAUCAAAGUAUGUUACCUUUUUUGUUACUUAAGUCGACGUAUAUUUUUUGGUUUUGAUUUGUUCUGUGGAGUCAGAAACGUUCAAAUACAUCACACAUUUCUUGAGGACGAUAAAUAUGAUUUAAAUUCUGAUUCAGCAGACAUUAAAACCGUUUGUUACCCAUUUAAACUGCUGCUGUUAUUAUAUGUUAGUUUAUUUUUGUACGGAUUUAUUAAGUGCCUUUCAAUUUGCAUUUGGUUGUUGUUAGCGUUAUAUUAUUUAUGUGUAAAUAUUGUAAAUAACAUGUUUUUGGUAUGUCUUUUUCUUUAUAAUAUAUAAUGAUUGUUUUUCGUUGAGAUGUAAAAUUUUUAAUAUUUUGUCAUAUCAGAUAAGUAUAGUAAUUUUUUACCAAAGAUGUAUGUUUAAUAAAGAAAUAAAAUAUUUAGUUCAAAAAAGGUGUUUUUUUUAAAUAAAACAUCCUAGUUAUUAAUAUAAUGAAAACAUUUAUUAUUUACAUUAAGGCACAAAUUACAAAAUUGUUUCAACACACAGCAUUGUAAAUUCAUUGUAUUUGAUUUUUUAAUAAAAUAUACACAAACUUACCAACAAAAACGAAAUAAUCAUUCUUAAUACAUUGAUAACAUACAAUUUCUCUCAUAAACUUUUAAUAAAACAACAUAAAAACAUUCUCUUCAAAAAUCAAUGAUUGGAAAAAAUACCCUGUAAAAUUGUAGUAAAAGUUUGAUUAGCACUCGGUCCUCAAAAUGUCCGUAAUGGUGGCUUCUUUCAAGUCUAUCACAGUGGCAGGUGAGUUAACAGUCGCGUCACUUUCCUCCUCCUCUUUGAUUUGAUGAAUGACACUUAAACUUGGAGGUUUGGAAAUCCUCCUCAAACUGGAAGUUUUCACGCUUUCCUCCAGCUCCAAGUCGCCGCCGCCUCUGUCCAGCAGAAAAUCCAAAUCCUGGCAAAUCCUGUCCAGCAUGCCGUCC